AUGGGCCCCCCGGCUAUACCGACACCCUGCUGGAACAUCGCAGCAAUCUCAUUACUUCAAAAGCCACCCACCACUGUUCCGGGGUCCCCAGUGCCUGAGAUUAACCUGGAUCGAGCGGACAAGGUGCAACAAGCUCAGCGGAUGAUCCGGGAUGAAGCCAACCAAGCACCGGAUAUACAGAAGAAAGUCCUCUCCGAGGCUAUACAACUACUUUAUCCAUAUGCACCUCGAUCUGGACAGCUGCAUGCACUUUUUCAGCUUAAUUUUAGUUGUGGUGACUUGAUCCUGAUUGUAAAAACCUCAUUCGGCAAGAGUAUGAUUCCACAGGCGUUAUCAAUCUUAAUUGAUAAAACUAUGACUAUUGUCAUCCUCUCCUUAAUCCAAAUUGGCGCUGAACAAUCUGAGUGUAUCUCACGUCGGGGUGGACGUCCAUUAUUCCUAGAGAAAAACACCAAUAAAAUAGGUUUGAUGACGGACAUCAAGAAGGAGGCAUACACUCGUAUUCUACUAAGCCCUGAGUUGUCAGCGAACCCGCAGAUGCGAUUUAUUUUUGAGGAGUCUCUAAUCAAUCAACGUAUUGCCGCUGUUGUGAUUGACGAAGCGCGUCUUGUCCAUCAUUGGGGCGAUGGUUUCCGGCCUGAAUAUGCGCAGAUUGGUAGGCUUCGAAUUAUACUAGGCCCUCGUGUCCCUUGGUUCGCCUGCUCCGCAACACUCGAUCAUCAUACCCUGAAGGUUUUGAUGGAACGGGGAAACUUCAAGAUGAAUACUGUAUCGGGUUGGGGUAAUACCUCAGCGUCAACGCGCGAAGUUUACCGCGUUACGAUUUUUAUUUGA